AUGGAUCAUCCUGACGAGAAUGGUCCACUGGCCCUGAUCCUGAUUGCGGUGAAGCCGGACACGACAGAGUCCAUGUUCCUCUUCGCAGUGACCAACCCGCUGGAGAACCUCAUCCAGCUGGGGGUUUCCCUCACUCCCGGUGGGCCAGGAGCCACUAAUCUUUCUCUCUACUACACUGACGGAGACAGACACAUGACCUCACAAGCCAUAGCUUCCUUCCUCGUGCCCCAGUUCACCGGAUCCUGGACCAGGUUGUCGUUGAAAGUGACGGAAGAGGAGGUGCAGCUGUGGUUCAACUGUCAGGUGUACAACAGUGUGUUAGUCAGACGGGUCCCCUUACAGCUGGUGUUUGACUCAGCCUCCACACUCUACAUCGGCCAGGCAGGAGGCAUCUUCAAGGGAGAAUUUGAGGGGGCGCUGCAGGAGCUCAAAAUCUACAACAUGCCCGACAUGGCGAAGGUGCAGUGCGACAACAACUUCGCGUAUUUUGGUUCUGGCUCUGGCGAUGGUCGCAGCGAUGUGCCUAUCAUGGAAGACUAUUUCUCGCUGGAUAUGGAAGAUGACGAUGACUCGUCGGUGCCAGCUGGAGGGUUCUGGCUGUCCAGCUGGAGGGGCACCGCCCCCUACACCCCGCCACCCCUUAAAGGUACGUCAUUACUACAUUGUGGGUCACAGUACACGAUGAGUCACCAUACAAGUGAGUCCCAGUACACGUGA